UAGAUCAGAACUUCUUUUGCUGAAGUGUAGUCUGAUUUAUUCGUCAUGCCUGUGGCUUUAAGCGAGUGGAGAGUGCGAAUCGGAACCUUUAUCCAUAGGAUAAAAGAAUGGGUGGUCAGAGAGAUGAGAGAAGAAUUGCUUAAACAACGUAUUCAGAGGCUAAGAGUUCUUUGGGAACGACUCAAAGCGAAGAAGAAUGAUUCUGAAGGAGGGUCGCAAGAUCACAAGACCAGACAAGCUGAAGGGGAUUCAACCAAUUCUUCGUUGGUAAAUCAACAAGACGACUGCAAUGCCGAACCAUGCACUAAAAAGGGUCAAGAUUCACCACAGCCAUGUUAUGUCGGGAGUGAUACCUUACAUCAUGAACCAUCUGGUCGAACGGUAACAUCUCAGACAGACUCCGCUUCAUUAAGUACACCGACACAUCCAACCUCGGGACUUUGCCUAUCCCGCCCCUUUCCCUCUUCCUUUCUUUCUCCUUCCUUUUAUUUUUGCUUUCCUGUGAUUUUCCUAUUGAUUUCUUCGUUAUUGUUGCCCCUUUCUCCCGGAUUUGGUAUUCCCGUUUCUGUUUCUCUUCCCUUCCUUGUCGUCUUUCUCUUUGUACUUUCACUUUUUCUCUCCCCUCUCCUUCCCUUUUCCCGACGGGAGCGAACUUUUAGAGAGUGUCACACCUGCACAGUCUCUCCCUCAAACUACGGCUCUGGUACGAAUGAAACGGUGGAUGAACAGUUACCUCAGCAGCCUAAUCUACAGGAGUUAAUGCUUGUUACUGCGGGGGAUGUGGAGCUCAACCCAGGUCCUCGUGAAGGUUCGAUUGAUAGUGCUCUUCAAGAAAAGGAACUUGUAUCACUUGCAAAAGAGGUUCCUGGUAACUUCUACGAUACGUUGUGCAUCACACUUGGCUUCGGCUAUACAGAGUGCCGAAACGUUUUGAGUAAACAUCUGUUAGACAUCCCAGGAGCUUUGAUCGAACUCUUCUGCCGAUGGAAAAUCAAGCAGGUAGAUGGCACAGACUGCAGGGCAGUACUUGGAGAGAUUCUGAAAGAGGCCAACAUGGGUUCGCUUCAGACAAAGCUAUUAGAAGGUUGGUACAUACCGAGCAAAGGUAACCCUCAAGAAGCCAUGACUGAGGAACAAGUUUUACAGUGCGCUGAAGACCUCAAGUCUUUCUAUCUUGAACGAAUGUGCAAGAUAAAACCUGACCCCUUUGAUUUCAAUCUAAUCGUCGAAUUCGAAAAACUUUACACCAAUCUAGUACUGCUCAGGCACGACAAGGGAUUAACAAAAGAAACAACACGUUUGGAUUACAAAGAUCUCUUCACCACAAAUGUGGACGGAGUGCUCCCUAAAAGGCUUCUGGUUGAAGGUGAAGGUGGUGUUGGUAAAACGACUUUGUGUUCUAAGAUUGCGUGUGAUUGGACACAUGGAUGUGAGGAGUAUAAGCGCUUCAGUUGGAUUUUGGUUAUACCAUUGCGCAAUGUUGUAGAAGGUCAGACAAUCGGAAAAUGCAUGAAAGAAUAUCUUGGUGAAAAUAACAAAGUAAGCACAGAACAGAUCGAACAUUACAUGAUAUCUCAGCCUUCGAAGGUUUUGAUCGUACUUGAUGGACUCGAUGAGUAUGAUCGAGACCUAUCUACCGAUGACGGGUCAGAUAUUUCACAGGUUCUGCGAUUAGAUAAAUUGAAGGAGUGCACGAUACUGGUGACCACAAGACCGUGGAGGGCACACGAGAUCAAAUGCAAUCAACAAUUUGGUGGGUCUUAUGCUUUCAUUGCAGUUAAAGGCUUCAGUGCUGAAAAUGUCUCGACCUACAUUAGCAGGUAUUUUGUAAAUGACGCCGAUGCAGGGAAAGAACUGAUUCGUUUCAUUGAAGUGAAUGAUGUGAUCAAGGAGAACAUGGCGCCCUUCCCAAUUUACGUAGCUAUGCUUUGCAUCCUGUGGGAAAAUAUAGACAGUGAAAAACGAGAAACAAUUCGCAGACUGAAGACAUUUUCUCAAUUAUUUGAGCAAAUGAUCCUUUUCUUAAUAGACCAUUAUGUUUCAAAAAUGAAGGCCGCAAACGCUUCAAAUGAAGAAUAUGAAAAAAGUGAGAGGCAAACUAUCAAACUUUGUCUUAGUCAGAUAGGAUCAGUGGCCUUUAAUGGGCUCUUUCAACGACAGAUGGUUUUUACGGUAGAUGAUUUUAGCACGUGUGCUGACGCAAUGACAAUCUGUUGCAAAAUCGGAGUCUUAAGCAGAGAACAAAAAACGGUUCGGAGGCUGGAAAGAUCUUUGAGUGCGUCACAAGCCACCAAAAAAAUCGUGUUUUUCCCUCACAAGUUAUUCCAGGAAUACGUAGCAGCUAUAUAUCUUGCUUCUCUCUAUAGCGCUGAUCGCCAGGAGUGUAAAAGGGCACUGGGCAAAGUAAUGGGAUAUGACAUCAAAGAAUUCCGCUAUCUAUUGUAUUUCACUGCUGCCCAGGUGAAAGAGAUUGGUCUCAAAAUAGUUAAUAUCUUACAAGAGAGCAAUCAAAUCCAUCCGUCCCUCAUGGAGGACAUCGUAUGCUACUCUCCGUCAAUAUUGACAAGUGGAAUAAAUGAUACUAUUCUUGUAGACGUUACCUUUGAAGCUUAUGACAAAGAUAUAGCGAAGGUAGUUGGGCAAAGGAUAUUUGCAGAGAAACGAAGGCUUGAAAUCGAUGAAAACAUGUCUGCUCACACGGUAUCUGGUUACCUUUUCAUCAUGGAACAGCAUCAAGUGGAAACGCUGGAGUUAAGAAGAUAUUGCGGGCCGACUGUAUCUCGUGACAUAGCAGAUCUGCUUUCUUCACCAUCUUCUUUGUCAACAUUGGUGCUUUUGGAAACGGAUCUCGAUAACGAGUUCUAUUCUAUGACAUCAAAGGUUUCGAAGAGAGGUGGGUUGAUCAACGUAGUUCAGGAACUCCAUAUUGAUGAUCGGUUCCUUGGCGGCCUACACAAAUUUGACACAACCAUCAAAACCAUACUCCCCAACCUGAAACGGCUGAGAAUUUUGACUCUUCACACUGUCACUCCGGUGAUGGUUAAACGAUUGGCGCAUGCCAGACUAGAGGAGUUGUCUAUCGAGCGCGUACUUGAUCCGACAUACGGACACCUUGUGUAUCGUCAACCAGUUCCUCUCAUUGGAGAACCUGUUUCACUAGAACAUCUUUUCUCAGAAUCAUUCCCACAACUCACCUCUCUGGUAUUCAAAGAGCUCAUGAUUGGAAACACACGCACUAGGUCAAUACUGCAGAGUCUAAAGAAGCACCGGCAUUUAAAAUCAUUAAGUAUCUUCGCUUGUUUUACGGAUAACGAAGUAGAUCCCCUGGCAGAACAAAUUAAUGCCGAGAACAGGAUUAAAGUGACACUUCAACAUGACGAGGAACAAAGCACAUUGCAAGUUAAGCCAUGGACCAUGUCGACAGACUUGCUAGAUGCAAUUUGCCAUCGAACGAGUGUUUGUAAGUUAUUGGUGUUUGGAACUGAGAAAGUUGACGUGUGUUUUCCAGACCUUCAUGGCAAAGAGGUAGAUUCCAAGAUCCACACUGUAAAUUUCAGUGGUUUGGACGUUGUGAAUCAGCAAUCAGGAUCAUGUUGUCUUGGGAAAUUUCUCUCUCUACUCCCUCGUCUUACACACCUGACGAUCUCCUCCUGUUCCUUUCAUGAUGAUUUCUACAGAGAGAUCGCUGAACCUGCUUCAACUCAGAUCCACAAUGUAGAACUCUCCUAUCUGAACCUUGUAGAUCAGCAAUCAGGAUCAUGUUGUUUUGGGAGGUUUAUAUCUCUCCUCCCUCGUCUUACAGACCUGACGAUCAACAAAUGUUCCUUUCAUGAUGAUUUCUACGAGGAAAUUGCUAAACGUGCUUCUUCAUCUCAGAUCCAGACUGUAAAAUUAAUCCGUUUGGACAAUGUGAAUCAGCAAUCAGGAUCAUGUAGUAUUGGGAGGUUUCUCUGUCCACUCUCUCGUCUUACAGACCUGAUGAUCAACCAAAGUUCCUUUCAUGAUGAUUUCUACAGAGAGAUCGCUGAACGUGCUUCUUCAUCUCAGAUCCAGACUCUACAGUUAAACGGUUUGUACGUUGUGAAUCACCAAUCAGGAUCAUGUUUUCUUGGGAGGUUUCUCUGUCUACUCCCUCGUCUUACAGACCUGAUGAUCAACCACAGUUCCUUUCAUGAUGAUUUGUACAGAGAGAUCGCUGAACGUGCUUCUUCAUCUCAGGUUAGAUAUAAGAAGAUAAAUUUGAGCUUUGAUUAGAAAGGAAUAUAAAUCGAAAUGUAACCCCAAAACAAUUUUCUGAAAGUAAAAUGUCAGCUUUGAUGAAGAAUAUAAUGCAAAAAAGUA